GAUCCAUUCUGGAGGAGGAAAACACGUUUCGACUUCCUGCCUGCUGCAGCUGAAGGUUCAGGUCUGGGCUUGACAGUCUCUAAAAGUCAAUGACUGUGCACCAGUUCAUCCGUAGAGCCGUUCUAACCACUCACCUGAGAAAGCUGAAGCGGACCCAAGACAUGGCGCGACCCAGCUCAGACAUGGCAGCUUUCAGGGAGAUUUUCUCCGAAGCCAACAGCAUCGCCAUCAUCACCGGAGCGGGAGUGAGUGCCGAGAGCGGAGUUCCCACCUUCAGAGGUGCCGGAGGCUACUGGAGGAAAUGGAGCGCACAGGACCUGGCCACCCCAGAGGCCUUCUCCCACAACCCAUCUCGAGUUUGGGAGUUCUAUCACUACCGCCGGGAAGUCAUGCUCACUAAAAACCCCAACCCGGCCCACCUAGCCGUUGCCGAAUGCGAGGAGCGCCUCAGCAAACAAGGCCGAAAGGUUACCGUCAUCACCCAGAACAUCGACGAGCUCCACCGCCGAGCCGGGUCCAAAAACCUCCUGGAAAUCCACGGCAGCUUGUUUAAAACGCGCUGCAUGACCUGUGGCCACGAGGCGGCCAAUCACAGGAGCCCCGUUUGUGCCGCUCUGCAGGGCAAAGGGGCUCCAGAGCCGGGAACACACGACGCCUGGAUUCCUGUCGAGCAGCUUCCUCGGUGUGAAGAGGGGGGCUGUAACGGCCUCCUGAGACCAGCUAUAGUCUGGUUUGGAGAGACUCUGGACUCCGACAUCCUCUCCCGUGCAGAACAAGUGUUGGACACCUGUGACCUCUGUCUCGUGGUCGGCACCUCGUCGGUCGUGUACCCGGCGGCCAUGUUUGCUCCUCAGGUGGCCGCCAGAGGCGUUCCUGUGGCCGAAUUCAACAUGGAAAACACUCCGGCCACCGAGCGCUUCAAGUUCCACUUCCACGGACCCUGCGGGACCACGCUACCUCCAGCUAUGGCUCGCCACGAGAGCGAACUCAUCUGACGCUUGAGGACUGCAGCGGCACGGACACUGUGAAGGAUGGCUUCGGCGUAGAAACAAGAACGAGGCAGACGGUUUUAACAAAAAGGAACUUGUUCAUUUUAAUUUGUUAAAAGUUCAACGAUGAAAGAUGGAGUGAAAAGCAGCAAAUGAUUUCGCUCCAUUGAUCGUGUGCCAGUAGGGGGCAGCGUGGAGCUGCUGAAGGAUCAGCCGAGUGCAGAGGUGGUUUGGUUUCCAUCUUCUGGGUGAUAAAGAUUAUUUAAAACAAAAGGCUUUGUGAUAUUGGGAGUUUUCAGCUGCAGUUUUGACUAAAUGCUGACUCAGCGUUUCAUCCGUCUUGUUUUACUUUUCAUACUUUAGUCCUUAAUCUGAAGAAUUUCACUCCAACACUUUUCUGUUAAUAAAACUCAACACGUGCAAUGCCAUUUAAUCAGGAAAAAUCUGUUGGCUUGUACGUGUUGAGUUUAGAUCUAUAUUUAUCUAUAUAUAUAUAUCAGAAGUCCUCUGGAUGGGGGACGGAACAUUUCUCACUGAAACUGGUCCAGAUGAUACGAUUUAAGCUUUCUGUUGAUCUCCGUUUCUAGUUUUUAAAAUUAUAUUUUUGUGACUGAUUGCAGGAUCAUUUAACUCGUGAACACACCCAUUUUCUGUUGUGGUUGGGGGUUGGAUUAAUUGAAGUUAAAAUAAUAA